AUGAAUAAGACGCCGCGUGAGCAGCGAAGUCCUUCGUAUAACGAAAACUCGACACUUUUAUCUUCUCCAUCAUUAUCACAAUGGCGUUGCAUAGCAGCCAGACGUCAUACGACAGUCCGUCAGGAUAUUUGGACUGUUCUGCGGUUCCGUUCAUCGGUGCAGCAUCAUACGGGUCUGCAAUAUGCGUCUUACGUACUGGAAUUGAGCAUCUUGACGCUUAUUUUACUGAACGUAAUAGUGGCCAUCUCAGAGACUUCUGCAGUAGUCAUUGCUGAUACAACUGGAUCUUCUUUAGGGCCAAAACCAGUUGUCAAUGAUUGGACGGAUAUUUUUUUACUAGUAUCAACCAUCAUCUUUUCGAUUGAAUAUAUGCUACGAUUGUGGUCGUGUGUUGAAGAUGAUCGGUUUAGUAAUGGAGCAAUCAUUGGACGGCUGAAAUGGAUGAGUCGACCACUGUCGCUGAUUGAUUUGAUGGCAUUGAUUCCCUUCUAUUUGGAACUUGGAAUGGAAUAUGAUGCCCAUCAUGACAAAGCAUUGACCUUACGAAGUCUGCGACUUUUGCGGAUCGUGUCGUUCUUGCGACUUGAACGCAUGUACAAUGCGAUGAAGAAUCUACGAGUGAUUUUCGCGCGCAAGAAGGAAGAAUUUCUUGUCUUGACAUAUCUCACGGCAGUGGUGAUACUCACCUCAUCCUUGGUGAUCUUUUUCAUUGAGCAUUUGGCACAGCCAAAUGUUUUCUCGACCUUUAGUGUCUCGCUAUGGUGGUCGGUUGAGACAAUCACGUCGCUCGGUUACGGCGACAUAGUCCCCAUCACCGGCAUGGGCCGUUUGGUCGGGGCUUCUCUUGCAUUAUGGGGUAUCGUGUUAUUUACAAUUCCUGGGGCCGUGUUAGGGAGCAGUUUCAUAGAGGUGAUGCUGGAGAAGCAGCACGAAGAAGAGGCCGAGAUGUACAGCAUGGCUGUUGGUCGUGACGACAGAUCCUGCGAUAGUCCGCUAUUCGUGGGCAACUUCAGUGACGAGGAAAAAUACCAUGAGCAUCAUACGGAGCACGAUCACCCAGUAUCAGCUACACACACGCCAAUGUCCGUGAAAUCAUGUGACAGUCAAUCGACGCCACACGUUGGGGCUGCCUUGGCGAUGCAUCAGAGACUGGAGGCCAUUACAAAAGGCCAGCAUCGAAUGGAGGGGCAAUUAUGGCAACAGCAGCAGCAAUUGGAGCGAUUGACACGGCUGGUUGAAGCUGUUUUGGACGCCACGUCGGCCGCGUCAUCGAAUAAUCUCCCGCACUAA